AUGGGUCUCGUGAGGCACAUGAGCCAUGUCGACCGCGAGGAGCUGUACACCGACCUCGAGGCGCGCAUCCGCUACCUCCACAGCUUUCUCGACUUCAGCAGCAAGGACAUCGAGGCCCUCAUCUCAGGCGCCAAGUACGUCAAGGCGCUGAUCCCCGCCGUCGUCAACAUCGUCUACCACAAGCUGCUGCAGUACGAUAUCACCGCACGCGCCUUCACCACCCGCUCCACCAGCUUCGAGGGCCCCAUGGACGAGGUCCCCGACGACAACUCGCCCCAGAUCCUGCACCGCAAGAUGUUCCUGCGCGCCUACCUGGCCAAGCUGUGCUCCGACCCGAGCAAGAUGGAGUUCUGGGAGUACCUCGACAAGGUUGGCAUGAUGCACGUCGGCCUCGGCCGCAAGCACCCGCUGCACAUCGAGUACAUCCACCUCGGCGCCUGCCUCUCCUUCAUCCAGGACAUCAUGACCGAGGCCAUCCUCUCGCACCCGCGCCUGACGAUGCAGCGCAAGAUCGCCCUCGUCAAGGCCCUCGGCAAGGUCAUCUGGAUACAAAACGACCUCAUGGCCAAGUGGCACGUCCGCGACGGCGCCGAGUUCGCCCGUGGCGGCGGCGGCGACGACGACGACGAGGGGCCCGAGAUUGAGGAGGAAGGGUACCUCCACGGACGCAAGAUCCUCGAGAGCGAGUCCGACGAGGAGAAUGCCGUCGGCGGGCCUAGGUCGCCGUCGAGAUUACCGAGGCCGAACAGUGCCGGCGGCGGUGGUGGGGUGUGUCCGUUUACAGGCAUCGUUGCCGGCGUGGAGGGGUUGAAGGUCGGCGGGGCGAAGGAGGAGGGAGCGCCAAGGAUCGACGCUUCAACGUAG